AUGAAGACUAAAAGACAUAGUAAACCACACUCCGCCUUCCCUGUCAUGAUAAUCUUUUCGUUGUGUUUGCAAACAAGUGCAAACCAUACCGAUCACCCCAGGGUUCCAAAUGAAACCUGGAAUCCUAUCAGCCAAAACCUAUGGGGAAGCCAGAACGCAACAGAAGCCAAUACAAAUUCUCCUCCAAGCCUCAAUUUCAGCAGCAAAAUGACUACUUCUGAAAUGCAGGCAAGUACCCUGCAAUCCUCAUCCUCCACGAUGGCCCAAAAUUCAACAUCUUCCCCUGCCAGAAGUGCUGUUUCUGCCACUGGAGGACCUAGGAAUACCAGCAGACCCAAGAGCACCAUGACAAAGGAAACAUGCGAAGACAAUAAGUCUCUUAUACUGAUUUGCUUCAUUAUAAUAGCAGUACUUGUGCUUAUCUGCACCUUCUUAUUUGUGUCGACAGUCGUAAUAGCAAACAAAAUGUCCUAUCUCAAAAAAACCAAGCAAGGAAAACGCAGGCCCAGAAGCAAUGGCGAUAUUCUGGCGACUACCAGUUUAUGGCCAACUGCCGCAGGAACGUGGCAGAGGAUGCCGAAGGAGACAACUGGAGCUGACUUGAUAAUGCAGGACUUACUACCAGGGAGAGAUGCUGCGAUCCAGAGGAAAAGUGAAGAUGAAACUACUGAGAAACUCACUAAGGAAACAGACGACAAACAAGAAAACAAAGAACCAUCAAAGUCACACAAACCCGUUUUAACCAAUUUUGUAGUUGAGAUUUAA